AUGGAAGAGAUCAGGAAAGAAAUAGACGUUGGUGAUUGGCAUUCAAAUCUCCCCCACGAUGAAUGGACACCACUCCUUGUAUCUGGCUCCCGAGCAUCAGCUCGUUACAAGCAUGCGGCAGUGGUUGUUGAUGAGAAACUGUACAUUGUCGGUGGUAGCCGGAAUGGACGAUAUUUAUCUGAUGUUCAGGUGUUUGAUCUCAGAAGUUUGACUUGGUCUAGUUUGAAACUGAAAACUGAAUCAUCAAAUGCUGAGAACGCCGAAGAUGAAGGUGUUAGCUUACGGGAAGCUUUUCCUGCUAUCUCAGACCAUCGCAUUAUCAAGUGGGGAAACAAGCUUCUUCUGAUCGGUGGCCACUCCAAGCAAUCAUCAGUUAACUUGUCAGUGAGGUUCAUCAAUUUGGAAACACAUUUGUGUGGAGUCAUUGAUACUUGGGGGAAUGUUCCGGUAUCACGUGGUGGACAUUCCAUUACACUGGUCGGUUCCAGAGUUUUUGUUUUUGGUGGGGAAGAUAAGAACAGGAGACUGCUGAAUGAUCUGCAUGUUCUUGAUCUCGAGACAAUGACUUGGGAUGUGGUAGAGACAACGCAGACACGCCCAGUUCCCAGAUUUGAUCACACAGCUGCCACACAUUCCGAUCGCUACCUCUUGAUUUUUGGUGGUUGUUCUCAUUCGAUCUUCUUUAGUGAUCUUCACAUCCUUGACUUGCAAACUAUGGAGUGGUCACAGCCUCAGGUUCAGGGAGAUGAUGUAACUCCUCGGGCAGGACACGCUGGAAUAACCAUUAGUGAAAACUGGUACAUCGUUGGGGGCGGUGAUAACAGUAACGGUUGUUUAGAGACAUUUGUUCUAAAUAUGUCGAAGAUGGUUUGGUCUGCAUCAGCCCAUGUAGAAGCAAGACAUCCGCUUGCUAGUGAGGGUCUCAGUGUGUGCUCAGCAUCAGUAUUCGGAGAGAGCAUCUUAGUAGCUUUUGGCGGCUAUAACGGGAAGUAUAACAAUGAUAUAUUCGUCAUGAGACUAAAACCAGGAGAAUCUUCGCAUCCCAAAAUCUUCAAGUCACCAGCAGCCGCUGCAGCUGCAGCCUCUGUCACUGCUGCUUAUGCCAUAGCCAAGUCAGAAAAGUCAGAUUUCCCUCCACCUGCAAACCCAACUCUCAAUGGAAUAGGAAACACUUUCUCUGAGGGAGAUAUCAGGAAGAGAAUCGAUGCAGUCAAAGAAGAGAAAAGAUCACUGGAGUCAUCUGUUGCAGAAACCAAAGUAGAAAACUCGAAGCUCAAAGAAAAGAUAGAUGAAGUUAAUAACAGCCACACUGAGCUAUCUCAAGAACUACAAUCUGUACAAGGUCAACUUAUCUCAGAACGGUCAAGAUGCUUUAAACUCGAGGCACAAAUAGCAGAAUUGCAGAAAGCAUUGGAGUCAGGACAAGCCAUAGAAGCUGAAGUUGAGAUGCUUAGAAGACAGAAGUCAGCAUCUGAAGAAGGAGAAGACGGUACCGUGAAAAGGCGAGGCUCUGGUGGUGUUUGGGGUUGGGUUGCAAGGUAA